CAGCUGUGGGGGACGUUCUGAGGAUGAGUGGAACCGCGGCUCCCGAGCGGAGGGCGGCGAGGGGGAGCCGGGCUGGGACAGGGGCCGAAGCUCGCUGCGGGCGGGUAGAGACAGAUGCACCCCGGAAAGUCGGGGGCUUGAGCCACCACCCCGGGAACCUGCUGCUCCCCGCCUCCGGCUCCUCGGCCCCGGGAGACGGAGCUCGGCUCAGAGCUAGUAGACAUCACCCCUGCUUUCCAAGCCCAUCUAGUUGUUUGUUUGUCUUUUUCUUCCUCCUCCUCCCUUCUUUUCUCUGCUUCCCGCUCCCUCGGCUCCUCCGACCUGCAUUCUCUCCAGCCCCGCCAAGGCUUUUCCCCCUCCGCUGCCUCCAGAUCUCGUCCUUCGCCAACAGCAGCUGGACGCGCACGGACUACCUGGGCUGGCUGGGGGAGCUGCAGGUCUUCACUUGGCGCAAUGACUCGGACACUACCCGCUUCCUGAAGCCCUGGGCCCGGGGCACGUUCAGCGACCAGCAGUGGGAGCGGCUGCAGCACAUAUUUCAGUUUUAUCGCAGCAGCUUCAUCAGGGACAUACAGGAAUUCAUGAAAAUGACGCGCGUCGACUAUCCCUUUGACAUCCAGAUGUCUGCUGGUUGUGAGGUGCUCCCAGGGAACAGCUCAGAAAGCUUCCUCCGGGCAGCAUUUCAAGGAAGAGAUUUCCUGAGUUUCCAAGGAAUGUCUUGGGUGUCAGUUCCAGAUGCCCCACCUUGGAGCCAGGUGGUCUGUAAGGUGCUCAACAAGGACCAAGGAACCAGGGAAACGGUGCAGUGGCUCCUGCACAACAUCUGCCCCCGGUUUGUCCGAGGCCUCCUGGAGACAGGGAAGUCCGAACUAGAGAAGCAAGGGAAGCCCGAGGCCUGGCUGUCCAGUGGCCCCAGUCCUGGGCCUGGCCGUGAGCUGCUGGUGUGCCACGUCUCAGGAUUCUACCCGAAACCUGUCUGGGUGAUGUGGAUGAGGGGCGAGCAGGAGCAGCCUGACACUCAGCAAGGUGAUGUCCUGCCUAAUCCUGAUGGGACUUGGUAUCUCCGGGUGACCCUGGACGUGGCGGCUGGGGAGGCGACUGGCCUGAGUUGCCGAGUGAAGCACAGCAGUCUAGGAGACCAAGACAUCAUCCUCUACUGGGACCGGAGCCAUGCCUCUGUACUCUUGAUCGCCAUGGCAAUACUGGUGUCCCUCCUUCUGAUUGGUGGAGGCUUUGCCUUCUGGUUUAAGAAGCACCGACUCUAUCAAGACCUGUGACUGUCCUCACCACACCAGUCUGUCUGGACCUCAGGAUUUCAGGGCUUUAGUGCUCAGAAUUUGAAAGUGAAAGACAGCUACCUUGAAGAUGCAGAGAACAAUUAUAAGGCAGCUCUUGUCACAUCCUUUGAAAACUUUAUCUAAGAGGAUUUAAGUUCUUUUUCAGUGUAUUACAAGUAUAUAAGCCCAAGUGGUUUUGUAAAAACAGAAGUGCAAACUCAGAUACCUCUCAGGGACAAGCAGAUAAAGGCUGGGGUGUAAGUGUGUGUGUGUGUGGUCAUUAUUCGAAUGAUGGAAUCUGCAGUGAACUGGAGAGCACGUUUCCUGUCCAAAGGAAGCAGGUCCAGUGUUUGCUGUCAAGUGUAAAAAAGUAAGACCCUGUCUUGGCUGUAACCCACAUGUUUUCAAGAAAAGUGGAAGUCUAGGUUUAUAUGUGAACAUGCCUGAUAUUAAUGUGUUGACUCAAACUUUUACAACAUUUGGGGUGUGGGAUACCCCAAAUAUACCUCUGCUGGCUAGGCCUGGGGCCUCCAGUUUAUGUCUUUAAUAUAAAAAGCUUGUCCUGAAUGACAUAUUGGCAGUUUCAGGACCUAGUUUCUAUUGUGAAUUUGGAUUUAUAAAGAGGGACAGUUUCUCUUUAAAAGAAGAUUAGGUUAUAAGAAACAGAGGCAUCUCAAGCUUUUUACUUGACCUAACUUGAUUAAAAGAGGAGUAGUCAUAGUGUAUGUAUAUUAUGUAGAAAUAGCUACUUUUGGUAGGGAUAUUUCUCUCAAGUGGACAAUGAUUUUUUUUUUCAGACUGGAAGGAGACAGCCUGUCCUACUUAUAGCUAUUAAAUUAGACCAUAUGUGGGCAGGGCUGAACCCAUUUUGGCGGGCGUGAGCUCUAGUGAUGAUGGCCCAGCUGUCUGCACUAUUCUUUUUUUUUUUUUUUUUAAAUUUUAUUUUGUCUGCUCUAUUCUUAGGCCUAGAGAAAAGAAGCAGGAAACAUAGAGGAACAGCAGUCCUUCCUGAUGCCAAGAAAUGAGAAGGCCAAGUUAAAAUCAUUUGUUAGCUAUCAGGGAAGUCAUCUCUGGCACUCAGGGCCCUCGAACAUCCAAAAAAAGCGAGACUAAACUUUUGAAAUCUUUGGUUGAGAAAAUUAAGAUUUGGCAUUUCCUGUGCUGGACUUUCAGGUCAAACCUAGGAUGUGGGUGGAAAUCCAGCUAGUUUCUAAAUCAGUGGUUCCUGACCUGAAGUCUCGUUAUCACCUGGAAACUUGCAAAUUAUUUUGGCCCACCUCCCAAAAAAUGAGACCUACUGAAUGAGACAUCAUGGGAGUAGGGCCCAGUAAUCUGUGUUUUAACAAGCCCUCAGGUGAUUCUGAUGUUCAGUUAAAGUUAGAGAACCACUGUUUUUCGGUAUUGUACAGGGCUAUGCAAUGGAUUCCUCAGAAUGCUAAAUGAAAAUAUUGGCCUGGGGUUAAUUAGGGAAGGCUUCCUGGAGGGAGGGGAAAUUGAAGUAGGAAGUAGAGAUGCAAUGAGGUGAACUAGCACGUGCACUGCAUCAGGAGGCCAGAGUCUCCUCUGACUCACUUUGUUCCUGUGCCAGAUGGAGAUAAUAAAGUCUGUCUUGAUCAUGCUGCAGAUUGAAUGUCUAUGUCCUGUACCCCCUCUCCCCACCUCCCACUAAUUCAUAUGUUGAAAACCAAAUACCCCAAGUGAUGGUAUAAGAAGGUGAAGUUUUUGGGAAGAGAUUAAAUCAUGAGGUUUGAGCUCUCGUGAAUGGGAUUAGUGCCCUUAUAAAAAAGGUCCUUAUCUAUAGCACAGGGAACUCUACUCAAUACUCUGUUAAUAACCUAUAUGGGAAAAGAAUCUGAAAAAGAAUAGAUAUAUGUAUAGGUAUAACUAACUCACUUUGCUGUACACCUGAAACUAACACAAUAUUGUAAAUCAACUCUACUGCAACAUAAAAUAAUGAAAAAAUGGUCCUCAUCCCCUCCACCACAUGAAGAUGCUGUCUAUGAGUCAGAAAGUGGACCCUCACUUUAUCUGGAUGUUCCUAGCCUCCAGA